GGCGGGCGGGCGGCUCCGAUCGAUAGGCGGGCGCGGCGCUGCAGUCGACGAACCGCUUGCCACCGUCGCCUUACGACACUCCGGCGACUGCCCCCGUCGCGAGAACACGCGACGAUGCGCGGGGACCGCGCCGCUCGCGACACGCGCCACAAUAAAGAUCACGAAAACUUGAAGUCGUCACUCAAAAAGGGAAACAAGACCAAAAAGCAUAGGGUGGUCUUCGAUGAGAGCGCAAAUGAAUUCUUUGAGGCCGAUUACAUUAUUGUCGUGCGAGAUGAGUGUGGAUAUUCUGAUGAAGGGGAAAGCGAGGAAUGUUCCGGCUGCGGAGCGUGCGAGCGCUACCAGGAACCAGAACCUGGAGCGCUUAGUCCUCCGGAGGGGUACAAGGAUAUGGGGCUCUUUAACAGGGAUGGAACUCUACGGGAGCAAGCGUGGUGGGAUGCCGGUGACGUGAUGCUAGUAGGCGAGCGGUCCGGUACGGUGUUUACACCGCAGCACUUGCAGUUGCUACGUCGAUUACAGCGUGAAAGGAUGCUCCGUUCCACCAUUUGUGCAGACUGUGACGCGCACGCCGCGCUUCACCAGCCUCUCGAGAUGGAAUACGGUUACGAAGAGGAGGAGGGAAGUGACGUGGAUAGAGAACUACGGCCAGUGGCGCGGCGGACUGCUAAACAUAUUGCCGCCGGGGAAGAGAGGCCCAGGAUCAAUUCCAGUCAGCAGACUACACCCACUGAUGAAAGCCCACAAGAUAUACGUCUAGAAGAAACACAAACAGAAUUGCCUGCGGCACCACUGACCAGCGAAGAAAGUGACACUGCUGAAACAGAAGGACGGCUAUCAUCUGAAAACUCGCCAUUGCGGCAGCGCCGUGGCGGAAUACUGAAAGGGGGGCGAUUAUGGAAAUCGCUUGACACUGACAAGGACAGCAAUGAUCAGCAGAACGACGAUCAACGGUCGACCACCACAGCGAGUGACGAAGAUGGCUCGAUGACACCACGCUCCGUGCGGUUCGUGGAACGAGCUAGCGAGACUUCGGAUACGGCUCCAAGUGAAUCGGAGCCAACACACAACUCGGACAAUGAAACAGCGUCACAGAACAAUACCAGCACCACACACAGGCUUGAAACACCACUGAUCCUCACAAUACAUUCCCCUAAAGCGAAUUCGGCUGUCCAGCAAUUGUUUAACAGCGGUCGACCGCCGCCUCCAGCAAUAGAGCCACAGUUGGUUACCUCAGAAACACUCAGAGCGUGGGAUGCCGGUGUAAGACCAAAGACAGAAGACGCGGCGGUUCGACGGGUGGCUGAGAGGAACGCAUUGCGCUGUUCACUACUGCGCAGUGAAGCAAGAAAGAAACAACAGCCAAAGCAGGAGACUACAUCGCUAGCAGAACGCAUUCGUCUUUUAACAUGCGACGUGGAAGAUGAACCCGAGGAGCAGCGCUCGUCCCCCGCCGGGGCUAACAAUGAUAAAUUCUCCAGCAGUAGCGAUAAAUCCAGUGACAAAUCAUACAACAGCGUGGACAAGAACAGUGAAAAAGCCUUCGGAAGUGCGUCUUCAUCUUCCUCGUCCUCAACCCUAUCAGCACCAGUACCAACACGGCAGCAACAACCGCCCGAUUUGGGUGACGUACAUCAGGAACCUCAAAAGCCAAGAUCAGAACCACGGAGGCAGUUCCUUUCAACGUUGGCACCACUAACGGCUUGCGUUGGAAGUGCUGCACACCACGAAGGCUUCUACUAUGUGCCUCCCGGAGAUAGGACCACUGCAUCGUCAGCUACAAAUAUUGAUCUUCCAGAACACAACGACGCCCCGGCACCUGACGUUGUUGCUGGUACACCUGGCGCUGGAGAUGGCGAUGAUGGGCUUGCAGCUUUCGCACGGGCGACAGCACCAAGGACAGAGCGACUGCGACAACGUUACGGUCAAGAAUCGCAGCCGGUCAGCAGUGAUGAUGAACAUGAUGACUAUGGUUUCCAUCGGCGCCCUGCCGUCCGCGGAAUUGCUGUAAAGCAACAAUUAGGAGCUUCAGAUGAGAUCCUUCAGCAAAUGCAAAAUGAACUCCAGCCCUCUCCUGGUGCAACACCGGCGCAGAUGCCUGCGCAUUCAUGUCAACGCACCAACUCUAAUUAUUCCUGGCCGUACUACUCGGAGGCCAACUUAAAUUCUAGACCGCAGAGUCGAGCCAGCGCCAAUUCUAACUGGUCCAAGUCCUCAGACUACGUGACAGCGCGCCAAUGUGGCAGUACUUCGGUUCCACAGCAACACAGCGACGCAUGUUAUGCCCACGCGCAGAACAUAGCUACUUACGCACAUUACCAACAUAGACAACAGCAAGAGAAUAUGUACAGAAACUGUUCUCUGUAUGCAAAUAUCGGAUGUUCAGAUAGCAGUCAAGAACUAUACAGCUCACAAACAAGCUCGGAGCAGACGUCACCAGUUCGCUCAGCGCCUCGUUGUCGCCGACCAGAAUCACCACCACCUAUAAGAAGUCACCAUCAGCUGUUAUAUGUUCCAUACAGCAAUCACUAUCAUUAUCAGCACCAUGACUAUGGAGCGCACUGGACUGCAAAUGACUAUAGCCGCAUGCACUCGUAUUACCAACAACAGACUCGAAGCGGUGCCAACACACCUCAGCCAACUGCUACCCAGCAGCAGCGGGCACAUUAUACACAUGCACUUCAGAUACAGACUUUAUGUCCAGCCCCUGCAAGAUAUAGACCCGUCCCAGCGCCACAGCCAGGCGGAGGCAAGCAGAUGAUUUGUUAUUCGGAAAAGGUGGCUGCACCGUUGUAUCAACCGGCGCCAGGCUCGCCGUCCCGAGCCGCCAGGGGAGCGCCAGAAGGCGCCCCUGCCGGUGUCGCAGCCCCCAGCGCUACGUCUCCGAUGGCGGCUCCGCCUAAUCCUGUCUAUUAUGCUAUGAACGUCUGACGGGGGGACUAGGUGAAAAUCGUGGUGGGCCCCGCAGGGGAGGUCCGUAUCAGCGUACAACCGACUCAAGCCCUGGCUCCGACUUCAGUUGACUCUGGGAAAAAUCCUGUUGAAAAACAGCCGGAAGAAAACCAUACAAGUCGUCGUUGAACAUUUUGUUGGUUCUACUUUUAAAAGGAAUAUGCCUCAACCGGCUAUAUCUUGUAUGUGGCGGUAGAUUUUUAUUAUCAUCGAUAAUUUUUCUUGGAACACUUGUCACAGAUGUAAACAAUUAGUAAAUAAUGUUACGUUGUUGUAUUUAGAUAAUAUAAAGUACAUGUAUAUAUAAUUUCAUUGUAAAUCAAAUACCUACGGUUUUUCUUACGUUUCCUAAAGUAUGCAGUUAACUAAUUCUGUUCUGGUUCAAAUUCAUAUUUCUAAAUAAUUACACGACUUUCAUCUAAAUACAAAAUCAAUACAUGUAGGUGUGAAGUAAUUUUUUAAAGGUCACAUUUAAAAGCCCACGCUUCCUUUGUCCCCUUAAUUGAUAUAUAAAAUUAAUCAUGCCGAUUCAUAAUCGUAUAUUUACGAUUUAUUUACUACAACCAAUUUCUUCAUUAAAGUGUUAUUUAACUGUUCGAGCCUCUGGUUGACCCUCUCUAAGAUUUUUUAGAUACAUCAAUAGUAUUUUCUUCACGCAAUAUUCAUAAGAGGGGAACCUCUACUCAAAAUUGGCUACACCGGAGGGCUGAUAUCGAGCGAUUGAAGUUAUGAAGAAAUAUUAUGAAUAUUAGGAAAUACAGUUGACGUAUUAAAAUUCUGGGGGUUAUCUAAGUUUCGUUUUAUACCCUUCGGGGGGAAACCGUGUUACCAAUACAGUCUUGAGUAAUGUUGCCGAAUAAUCGAUAUUAUUCAAUAAUGAUUAAUAUCGAUUAUUAGUAAUACAUAAUAAUAUUAAUAUUUGCCAAAGAGACUGAUAGUCUCUACGAAUAUAGCAAAUACUGUUAUCACACUUAGAAUCUCACAAUGUCUCUUGCAGACUAAGUCUUGAGUGCAGGCAGAAAGAUAGAGCGCCAAAUGCCUCUAUCUUCACACAUUCUUGAUUUAUUUAUUUUUAAAACUUGUUUAAGAAUACACGACGGUUUUGGAGACUUCUCUCUCAGAUAUUAUAUGAUCUAUAUGAUCAAAAUAGGUCAAUAGACUUCCCCUGUACCCAUCAACUUUUGUUUUGUGUAUCUGUUCUCUGUUUCGUCAGACUAUCAUCUGACAUUAUUUUCAGGUGCCCAAACCUACGUAGCAUUCCCUUUAAAAAUUAUUAUAGCAUCUACGUCUGUAUAUUAAUCUUAUUAUUAUAAUAACUGCGGCAUAGCCAAAGACUACCUACAUAAAGUAUUGUCGUAUGUUUAAGUCAAAUAAUGUGCAAUAAAAUUAAACGUCAUAAUGUAUUUUAGUAUGCAAUUCAGGCAUAAAUAAUAUUUUUGAAGAAUAAAUUUAACAUGGAAUUAUAUUAAUAAAGCUAAGUUACAAGGAUGGGGAUAGCCGAGUAUAAACGUGAUUUUGAAGUACGGCACGAUUUACAAUAUGCAUAAAGAUUUAUGACAUUAUGAGAUGCAAUUAUUUGUAAAAUUUAUUUGCAUAAAUGUUAUAAAAAUCAUAUUAUAAUGAUAAUUUUAUUGGAUGCCUACAUAAUUUGCAUCUCAUAUUUUUAAAUUGGAAUGAUCUAAGUACAUAUAACUGUGAAAUGAAUGAUCGUUUGUUUGUUAAGACGGAGCAAUCGUAUGAUACCGAUAUUCAAAGUUGAGUGCCAAAAAUGUUACUGAAAAGUAUUAGUAUAAUAGGUAAGUUUUAUUUUUAUAUACUUAGUAUGAACUAAUUAGUAUUUUUCCGUAGCCGGCCUAGAAUUCUGUUAUAUUUAUGUAAUAAGUAUUGUAGGAAUCAUUUUGUUGCAAAUUGAACAUUAAGAAUUAUGUGACAUAGUUUGUCGCCUGUUAGGGAAUAAUACAUUUAAAAUAAUAAGAUUACUUAGAUACAACUUUUUUUUCUAACAAGAAUAAAUAUUCUGUCUUUUAGUAUUAUUCGUAGAGCAAACAAGGCUAUAAAUAAAUUAUUGCUGAUGGGCAAAAUGUGGGUCACCUCGAUUUUCCAUUUUUUUCCUUACGUAUCAAAUUAAUAUAUUUUAAGACAAUAACUUUAUUUUAAGGUCGCUUAUAUGCGAUUGAAUAGAUUAAAAUCGCUUGUUGUUUUUUAAUAUCUAUUACAUGUCAUAUUAUAGUUUAAAUUUACGCAUAUAUAUUAUAUAUAUGAAAAUAAUAGAUGUAAAGCCAGCUAAUUUAUCGAAGUGCCUCUUUAGGCAAAUUUAUUUUAUAGAAACAAAAAAAACGAAACUAAAUCGCACAACUGAACGACCAAAACGGAGACCAAACUACAACCUCAUUCCAUUGAAAGAUAAGGAAUAUUUUUGAGAUAAACUCGAUGGUGCCGUGCUAACGGAGUAGUUCGUUAGAAAUCUCAUUCAACGUUUCAUUAGGACCGUAAAAAUAUUUUUACACGACUGUUAGCGUGAUACCAUUAUACCUACAGCAUUAAUAAUAAUGCCUCUAGAAGCAGUUUGGGCUAUAUAAAGCGAUUACCUUGUUAUAGAAUAGUAGCUUUAUAAUACACUUGUUAUAUAAAGAUUACGCAUUUCUUAUACGAAUGUUAUAUGAUUUUAAACUGUUAAAUCAAUGUCUGAAGACUGAAAAUAUUCCCAUGGCUACGAAAUUACUUACAUCUAAUACGUCUAUAACACUUUACUAGAGGCAUAAUUUUAGUGCUGGCAUUGUGUAGUUAGAAUAAUAAAAUAUAAAACAUCUGAAGUUCUAUCCAUGGUAAUGGUAUGCAGGUAUUUUAUUAAAAAGAGGCGUAACAAUGGACAUGACUUAAAAUACCACGGGUCACUAGGUACCAGGGUAUUGUUUUUAGUAAUAGUUGUCGUCUAUUUCUCAUUUUAUGACUGUCUAUAAUAUUAUAAUGUUUAUAAGAUACUAAUCUAUCAUUCUAAGUAUAGAGUAUAUACAUUUGUGUCUCGCAAUUUUAUACAAUCCUUAUCAUUCAUUAGUUCAUUAUACCUUUCAUAUUGUUACGCCAUGUGGAUAUGAAAGAAAUGUAGACCGUAAUAGGUACUAAAUAAACUAUGAAAAGAAUCUCAGUAUUUGGAGUGAUGAUUUUUGUAUAAAAUAGCAAAGUUUCCGCCAUGUUAGAUUGAUGAAUAGAUACGCGACAUACCGUAAGGUAAAAUUAAUCUGUUUUGUAAAUGAAUAAGGUGUAUAUAGAUAUAUUGAAAAUUAUAAAGCCAAAUGCGUUGUGUAGGGUAUAAGAGUUAAGUGUCAGUAUCGAAAUAUUCAGUGUCAUAAUUUAAUUGCAUAUUUUGGAUAUAUGUAGUACUAUUGCAGAGAUAGCGUAAGUAGAACGGUGAAAAUUGACUAUUAUUAUUCCCUCGAUUAGAUGUUUGAAUAUCUCUUUAUUCUCUAAUUUAAUAUUAGCUUUAAAUGUUAUAUACUUAUCUGAAACAAUCUGAUAUAUUAUGUAAAUUGAAAAUUAUUAAUGAAAAUAUUCCAUUUUUUAUAAUAAGUAAGUACAUAGAGACUUACAUAAAUUGUUGGCCGAGUUUUGCUCGGGAUCAAAUAUGUAAUAAAAUACUUCAUUUCUAUUAAGCGAAAAAGAAAAUUACUGAACAGUUAAGCUGUUAUUUCAAUCUGAUUAGAGUAAACUUCAAUAGGUCUCCCGUUCUCACAUAAAAAUCAUGAUUUCCAUACUUUUAGAACAUUCUUACGUAGGUAAGUACUUACGUAUCUACCUACCUUAUAGAUAAUUAAUGUAUUAAUAUAAUUAUAUAUUAAUAUUACUUAUACAAAAAUAGCUUACUGUAAGCAAUAUAUUUCCACCAAAAAUAUGUAGAUAUCCAAAAAGAUUUCUGAAAACAAUUAAUUUGUUGUUAGUAUUUGUAAGUAGAUACAUGCCUAGGUGUUCUUUUGUUAGCAUUUACUACUUAGGUAGUCAGAAAAAUAUUUUCUGAGUUAAUGUGAUACUUAUUAUUGUUUUUGUUAUGUUUUUGACUUUAUUUUAACAAAAUUCCAUUAGAAAUUAAUAUAAAUUAUCAAAGGGCAGCUUAAAAAGCAAAUAAUGAAAAUGAAGUAAGUACUUAUUGACAUUAAUUUG